CUAGUUUUACUCUUUCAACAAAUCACAAUCAUUCUCCCACUCUUUCUUUGAAUCUGCAAAAAUAAGUAAAGUAAUGGCGUUUCCUUCGUGUGUUCAGUGCGGGACGAGACAAAACCCGUGUAGGUGCAAAGUGGUGGGACCGACGCUAGGGUUCGUGGCUUUUCUGGUGACCGGAGUUAUCGAAUGGCCAGUUGGUGCGGUGGUUUAUAUCUUUAAACAUAGCAAGGGUCGGCGUAUAAUGGGACAUCCAGCCACUGUGGUUUAUCCUAAAGUCUCAAGAUCUAUUCCCAUUUAACUUUGUCUUCGUCAUUAUACUACUACUAUGUAUGUCUAAUGUCUUUGGUUGUUAACUAAUGUUUUUCCUCCUUUUUAAUCUGUAAUAAAAGUUCCGAAUCCAAGUCUGGAUUAGUUUCUGAUAUGUAUAACCCAACUAAAGAUUUACAUUUAUGUUUGUAUUUGUAUACACACGUACGUGAAAGCAAAUAAAAUAUUGUAAUGGACUCAAA